UUCUGAAUGGUUCAUCAACAACAAUUCUUCUAAAACUUAUCAUGGCUUCCUUACCUAAAGACCUUCAUAUCGUCUUGUUUCCUCUAAUGCAACAAGGCCAUAUGAUACCCAUGAUCGACAUUGCUCGUAUACUAGCCCGACACAACGCCACAGUCACGAUAGUCACAACUCGGGUCAAUGCUGAUCGUUUUCGUGCAGCCAUUGCUCGCGCAAUCGAAGCUAAGCUAAAGAUUCAACUCGUCGAACUUUAUCUUCCAUUAUCCGAAGUUGGUUUGCCCGAAGGAUGUGAAAAUUUCGACAUGCUUCCAUCCUUUGAUCUCUUUGUCAAAAUGUAUACCGCAAUGGGCAUGCUAGAAAAGCCUGCAGAACGUGUUCUUCGCGGAUUAAUUCCGCCUCCAAGUUGCAUAAUCUCGGAUAAUCAGUUCCCAUGGACAAAUGAUGUAGCUCGAAAACUUGGUAUCCCGAGGUUUGUUUUUCAUGGGCCAGGAUGUUUUACAUACUUGUGCUUGCACAUUGUAAUGAAUACUAAUAUACUAAAUGAAGUUGAGUCUGAUUCGGACUAUUUUGUGCUGCCCGGGAUCUCUGACCGGAUUGAACUUACGAAAGCACAAGCCGGGGGUUGGGCGAAAACAGACACAAAAGAGAUGGAGGACUUUUUUGUACAAAUGAAGGCGGCCGAGGAAGCUGCAAAUGGGAUUGUGGUUAAUAGUUUUCAUGAACUAGAACCUAAUUAUGUUGAAGAACUAGCAAAGGCGAAAGGGAAAAAGGUAUGGUGUAUUGGGCCGGUUUCUUUACAUAAUAGAAGUUUUUUGGAUAUAGCCGAGAGAGGAAAUAAGGCUGGAGUCGACGAGCAUGCUUGCUUAAUGUGGCUGGAUAUGAAAGAGUCACGGUCCGUGAUCUUUAUUUGUUUGGGAAGUAUGUCGAGUAUUUCAAAUGAGCAACUAUUUGAGCUCGGGUUGGGCUUAGAGUUAUCUAACAUACCGUUUAUUUGGUGUAUAAGACACAAAACAGAGGAAACAGAGGAAUGGUUAUCUGGAUAUGAAGAAAGGGUCAAAGAUAGAGGCCUAAUUGUUCGCGGUUGGGCACCACAAGUCUUGAUACUGUCCCACAAAGCUGUUGGUGGUUUCUUAACUCAUUGUGGAUGGAACUCGACCCUUGAGGGGGUUUCAGCUGGGCUUCCGAUGGUUACCUUCCCACAAUAUGCAGAUCAAUUUAUAAAUGAAAGAUUCAUCAUAGACGUAUUAAAAGUUGGAGUUAGCAUUCGUAUGGAGAAGGCGGAUAAGUAUGGAGUGUUGGUGAAGAAGGAAAACAUCAUGAGAGCACUGGAAAGUAUAAUGGACAAACACGAGGAAGGAGAACUAAGAAGAAAGAGAGCUAGAGAGCUCGGGGAAAUGGCAAAGAGAGCAAUGGAGGAAGGAGGAUCAUCUUAUCUCAACAUAUCGUCAAUGAUUCAAGAUAUUGUUGGGCAAUUAGCUACGAACAACACUAAAUCGAUUCAAGAUAUUGUGUAGCUAUUGUUAUUAGUGUGAUUGUUUCCAUUUUCUGUAUUAAUGCAACUGAUCACUUUGAUCCA